AUGGUGUCCAAUAUCUGGAUUGCUACAGCUGACAAUCAAAUUAAAAUAGUCACGGACUAUUUGGAAUCUGGAAAUUUCACCCCAAAUUCAAAGGACCCGAAUGGUUACACUCCAAUACAUGCUGCUGCUUCAUAUGGACACCUAAAGCUCCUCAAACUUCUUGUCGAAAGAGGAGGAGACAUAAAUAUUCAGGAUAACGAAGGGGAUACUCCAUUGCAUCACGUUGAGGAUGUUGAGACUGCAAAGUACAUGAUUGAAAAUUUAAAUGCCAGCUUCAAGAUGAAAAACAAUGACGGGCUCACAGCCAUCCGAUAUAUUGAACAAGAAGAGGAAUUUCCUGAGUUAGUGGAUUAUUUACGUCUGCUUGACCAUACCUUAACUCCUACUAAAGAGCAGAUCGAAUGGACAUCACCAAUUCCAUCAUUGCCUUUUUCUGGUAGUCACGGAGACUACAAUAUAAGAUAUUCCGUGGAGAAUGAAGAGCAAGAAACGGACGAUUUAAUGACUAGAGAAGAAAGACAACAAAAAUUACAGGAGGUUAUUAACAGUGAAGAUCCUGAAGAAGCAUUAAGAGAUUUGGUUAAGAAUGCCAUUCACGAGGGCUUACAAAACUAUGAAGAGAGAUCGGAAGAAACACAAAGCAUGCCGUCUUUCAAAAAGAGAAAGGAUUAG